AUGGCGGCGUCGGCCCGCUGGGUGUUGUGCCUGUGCCUGGGAUGGGGCUGCCUGUGCCUGGCUCUGGGGGGGGACGCGCUGCGGCCGCGCCGGCUCGGGCUGCGGCGCCGGGCUGCUCCGGGGGCCGUGCGGGGCGGCCGCGCCCGGCCGGCUGCGGGUGACGACGGCCCGGGACAGCGGCGGCCCGGGCGGCCGGCGGCGGCGGCGGACAGAGUGGCGGAGCACAUGCUGAGGCUCUACGAGCAGUACCGCGGCAGCUGGGAGCCGCCGACACCGGCCGGGCCCUGGCUCCGCCGGGGCAACACGGUGCGAGGCUUCCGCCCGCUGCCGGCAGGGAGCCCUGAAAGCCAGGAGAUGUACGUUUUUAACUUGACAUCACUCACAGAGUCUGAAAAUGUCUUGUCAGCUUCGGUGUAUUAUUAUAUUGGUGAUCUGCUGCAUGUGAAGUGGAACUGUUCCCAGUCCAGUGGCUGUUCUCAUCACAGGCACAGGAAGCCAGAAAUUCAGCUACAUCUUUCAGUUUGGACCUUUCCUUCAGCUGGGAACCCGACUCGGAGCCUGGGACAUUUCCUCAUAAAUGUCUCCUCUGCUUACCAGGAUAUCCUCUCCUGGCAGUGGAAGGAUAUCACUCAGCUCCUGCAUGAAGCAAAGCAGAACAAGGAACUGCUGCUCAGUGUUAAAAUGCAUCUGACCAGCCAUCAUCCCUGGGAAAGAGCAUCUUCCUCCUAUGAACCCUACAUCCUGAUUUACGCCAAUGAUUCCGCUAUCUCGGAGCCGGAGAGCGUUGUCUCUACUUUGCGAGGACACCGCCGUCCUCUGGCGAGGGUCCUUCCCAAGCCGGAGAGCCACACGAGCAGCAGUGUCGAUAACCGCCGGAGAAAACGCUCUGCAAACAUCCUGCUGCCGCUGCAGAACAACGAGCUUCCAGGAGCCAAGUACCAGUAUGCUGAGGACGAGAGAUGGGAAGGCAGAAAGCCCUACAAGGCCUUCCAGCCGCAGCUAGCAGACAGGGCCAGGAGUAAGAAAAAGCAGAGGAAGCAUCAUCUGCAGAAGAGCCAGAUGCUCCAGUUUGACAAGCAAACACUGAAGAAGGCGAGGAGGAAGCAGUGGAACGAGCCGAGGUAUUGUGCCCGGCGCUAUCUCAAGGUGGAUUUUGCAGACAUCGGCUGGAGCGAGUGGAUUAUUUCCCCCAAGUCCUUUGAUGCCUAUUACUGCUCAGGAGAAUGCCAGUUCCCCAUUCCAAAGGCCAUGAAGCCAUCCAACCACGCCACCAUCCAGAGCAUUGUGAGAGCCGUCGGAGUCGUCCCCGGCAUUCCCGAGCCUUGCUGCGUUCCUGACAAAAUGUCUUCUCUCAGCAUCUUAUUCUUCGAUGAGAACAAAAACGUGGUUCUGAAGGUGUACCCCAACAUGACAGUGGAGUCCUGUGCCUGCAGAUAACGCAGGCCUUUGGGCACCACCAGGGCCAUCACUUGCUGUUUGGGGAGGGGAAGGGCAGGAGGCUCAUCGUACGUACUCGGUGUUUGCACUGCCGAGGCAUUUCCUUUGGACAAAAAAGAGAAAAUGUAAAGAAAUCCAGUCAGUGAGAAUGGGAACAGAAUGGAUUCCAUACAGGAAUUCCAAGGCAAGCGAAUACAGACUUGGUUCCUGUGUGGUUUGGACCGAGACACAAGGCCUGGGAAUGGGACCUGACUGGAGCUGUUGAAAGCGGGAGGCAAAAGAAGAAUCUGCAUUUUUGAGACUGCCCAAAGGGACACGGUGAUCUGUUUUUGCAGGAGACUUUGGAAGCAGCACAAGCUGUUUAUUCUUAUCUCUGUUCUAGCGGUGACUGAUGGCAGGGGGAGGUUAGAAAUGUAGUAGUCUUCAUUGUAAAGGUAAGUUUCUUGCCUUAGGUUUUAGAGUAGUACAGCAAGGUGGCAAAACCAAUCUGACAAAGGUUUAUCUGUGUAUAGACUGUCAAUCUAAAAAAAUGAUAAUCGCCCCCAAAAAAGAGAAGUUAUUUUGUAUAUGGAAAGAAACUUUUACAGAUGCUUCUAAUUUAUUUUAUAUCCGUGGCCCCCUCCUACUGUAUCCUUCUUUAUCUCAGCACUCUUUAAAGCGUGCAGUUUUCUCUGUCAGUGCCGAGAUGAACUGCCAGGACUGUAGCGGAGCUCCGCAGAACAGGGGCACCCGCAGUGUGAAGGGCAUGUUUCGGUGCCGAUGGAUACGCCCGUCUGAUCUGUAUUGUUUUCCUCCAGUAA